AUAGUGACUGGUGCUAGCUAGUGAGGCAUAGCUAUAGAGAUAUCUCUAUGGAGUGAGGCUUUGUGGUGGUGAAUCAGCUGGCUGCGCUUGCAUUGCGCAAUUUUAUUUUAGAAUAGAGCACCUGCCACCAAUUCCCUAUUUGAGCAUCUGUCUUCUCGUUUUAACUGAAGUAGCUACACAUCUGUUAUUAGACUAGAGUGUGCAUAGAUCUGAUGUUAGUUUGGACGUGGAUCUGGAAUUGAGAUUGAUUUUAAGGUGGUAAUGGCAGGGGAAAGACGGAAAGUCGUGAUAGUUGGAGCCGGUAUGGCGGGUCUGUCUGCAGGGGUGGAGCUCUGUAAGUCGGGUUGCUAUGACGUUACCAUCCUGGAAGCAAUGCCAACAUGUGGUGGAAGGAUACAGACUCUUAAAGGAUUCGGUUCUCGUGCAAUAGAACUGGGAGCCAAUUGGCUUCAUGGUACGAAGGGAAGCCCUGUGUAUGAGCUAGCCAAGACACAUGACCUUCUCAGUUAUUCAGAUGACAGCUCAUCAUCUUCAUCAGAUGAAAGUGUGUCUUCCCCCUCAUACUCUUCCAUUUUCGAUGAAAAUGAAGCAAAGUGGUAUAACUACAACAGCGUGGAAGAAAAUCAGUUUAGAACAGAAUCUGGAGAGUGCAUAGACACUAAACUGGUUGUCAGAGCAAAGAAGAUGUAUGCCGACGCCCUGGACAAGAAGCUUGCUGAGUGCGAGCAACCGGAAGUAGAUAUUGACCAACGGAAAUGUUUAGAUGAAGCUGUAGCUCAGGGAUUUGCAGAGGAGCUGAAGCAGCAUGGUGUCAUCAGCGACACAAAAGAGUACCGGCAGUACUGGCUGAUGUAUGAACACUGUUGUAGAAUGGAGUGUAUGGAUAUUGGAUCAAACACACUUCAGGAUGUUCAGCUCAGAAGCUAUGUCAACUAUGAGGAGCUGGAAGGGGACUACUACACUACCCUCGGCCGGAAAGGCUACCAAGGUAUCUUGGAGAAGCUGCUUGUGGACAUCCCGGCAAACAGUAUCCACUACAACACCCCUGUAUCAAGGAUACAGUACGCCAAGUGUCAUGAUACAAAUGAUGUUGCUCUGGAUUAUGAGGAUGAUUCGGUUGUUAUGGUAACCUGUGAAGAUGGGAGAACUUUCCUCUGCAAUCAUGUGAUUGUGACUGCUUCUAUUGGGUUUCUCAAGGAGAAUGUAGAGACUCUCUUCCAGCCUCCCUUGCCAGAAGACAAGCUUGAUGCAAUCAGAAUAUUCCCCUAUGGAACUGUCAACAAGAUCUUCAUGAAGUACAAGAGACCAUUUUGGACCUCAGAAGACUUUGGCCUUCAGGUUCUGUGGGAUUCACCAAACAAGGAUGAAUCUGAGGAGGAAGAGAAGGAGAAAUUCUACCGGAUGCUGACCGGGUUUGAUGUUGAAGAUAAGAAUGAUGAUAUCCUCUUGGGAUGGGUGUAUGGACGAGGAGCGGAUUACAUGGAGACGAUGACUGAUGAAGAAACUGGACAGCGUUGUACAGCGAUACUGAGAAAGUUCUUGAAUGACCCAUCCAUACCGGAGCCUGAAAAGGUUCUCUGCACCCGAUGGAACGGUAAUCGGUUUCAGCGAGGGUCAUACGGAGCCUUUCUACCAGUGGAGGGAUCAGGCAAGGAGAUUGAAGCAUUCCAAAGACCUGUCUACAGCCAAAGAACCAGACAUGGAAAGAAGGUGCCUGUUCUCCUCUUUGCUGGUGAAGCAUGCCAUGAAUCCUACUUCUCUACGACCCAUGGUGCUAUGGUAUCUGGAAUGGACCAAGCGAAAGUUCUCAUCAAGUUCUCUUCAACAUCAGAGUAAUCUUUACAAUAACAAUGCAAUAAUGUUUCUGGAGAGGACCAAUUCAAAUAUUGUCAAGUUCAAGGGCUUAUAACAUGAGGUUUGCAAUCAUGAAAUUAAGUUGAUUAAUCUUGGUGCAAUAUCAGAUCCUUACAUUUGUGACAGUCAUGUUUCUCUAAUUUUGCACUACUUGAUGAAUCCAAGAGAAGACAUACCAGUGUCUUUAGUUAUCUUAAGUAAGUCAUGUGCUGCCUUUCACAUAUUCUUCAACCCUCUGUAUUUCCUCUAAAACUGCUCUAAAAAUUUCUUGAAUCACAUCCUGGAAAAUGGUUUUAUCACAUCUAAAGGUGCUUGUACACCGAAUGAAAUCCAGGAGGCCGUUUCAUAAAGCUGUUUGUAAGACAAGAGCGAUUUAAGAGCAACUGGUGAACCCUUUUUACGCAUCAAAUAAUAAAUAAUAAUAUAGGAUUCUUAUAGCGCACGUAUCCACCUUGCUAGGUGCUCAAGGCGCUCCUAUAUUACCCCGGCUAAGCUAGUUUACCGAUUCCGGUGCACACAGCUUUCUAAGGAAUUACUUCUUGCCGGUACCCAUUUACCUAACCUGGGUUGAGUGCAGCACAAUGUGGAUAAAUUUCUUGCCGAAGGAAAACACGCCAUAGCCUGGAAUCGAACCCACGUCCUUCAGAUUGAAAGAAGAAUAUUAAUCACUAGACAUGAUGCCCCUGUCACCAAUAAUCACCAAUUAACAUUUAAUGGUGAAUAUCAUUUACCACAAGAAGGGAUCACCAGUCGUUCUUAACUUACGAACAGCUUUAUGAAACACCCACCAGGUGGGUGUUUCAUAAAGCUGUUCGUAAGAUAAGAGCGACUUUAAGAACGACUGGUGAUCCUUUCUUUUAGUAAAUGGUAUACACCAUUGGCAAUGGUUUAGCGCGUAAGAAAGGAUCACCAGUCGUUCUUAAAGUCGCUCUUAACUUACGAACAGCUUUAUGAAACGGCCCCCUGGUCUCCUUGUCCCGAACCACUUGCAGAAUGAGUGCAUAAUAAUGUUUUGGGGUCAUUUUACAAAGCUGUUGGUCAGGUAUGCAUGACUUUCAACAUGGCUUUACUCACGACUGGUGACCCUUUCUUGUGCUCAAUGAUAUAUCCCUAUGUAGCUGACUCAUCACCUAAGAACAUGUUCCUGUCACAACUGGUGACCCCUUCUUGUGCUAAAUGAUAUAUCCUCAUGCAGCUUACCUAGCACCUAAGAUCAUGUUCCAGUCAUUCCUUAAGUCGUAUGUAACUUUACCAGCAGCUGUAUGAAACACCACCAAGGUAUUCUGUAUACUAAAUACCUGGGGGCCGUUUCAUAAAGCUGUUUGUAGGUUAAGAGCGACUUUAUGAAAGACUGGUGAUCCUAUCGUACGAGCUAAACCAUCGUCAAUGAACAUUUUGGUAUAUACCAUUUACCACAUGAAAGGAUCACCCGUCGUUCUUAAAGUCGCUCUUAACUUACGAACAGCUCUAUGAAACGCCCACCAGACAUAGUCAAUGAUUGGUGUGAACAGUCUCCCUCUGAAGUGUAUAUUUUACCAAUAUUAUUUUCACACGUCUAUGAACUGUACAACUGGACUGGACUGCGCAGGUGCAGAGGUGCCUAUGAUAAGAGUAACAUGAAAUUACUAUGGGCAUUCAAGAUCAUAUUUCCAUUUGCAUUUUGUUCCAAGAGUGCCCAUUAAUUAACCAGUUAGAAAUUUGGUUUAUAUUUUUUAGAAUUCAAUUUGUGAUUGACUAAAUCUUUGUGUGAAUGGUUCUUAAUAAUAACGAUGAUAAUAGAUAAUACCCUGUAAUUCUUUAUGUACGCUGCGCACAAGUCUGCCGAAGGCAUCUAAGUCGCACAAGAAUUGGUAGAAGAACACUUAUUUACUGUCAUCUCAGGUUAUAAUUAAUGUCGAGUACUGUUCGUUUGCUUCUUGAGGCUAAUAUAACCAAAGUUAAAAUUUGCCAUACUUGUGGACCAUACUGAACUACAGUACUUGAUUAAGCUGUUACAUUUCUGUGUCCUGAUGCCAGAAGAUUAUUUUGUCAUACAGUAUCCUUUCAUUUGCGUUUAACCAAAGUUAUGACUCAACAAAUUUCUAAAUUGUGUUUGGACCUUGCUAAGAGAUUUUAUAUAGCUCUUAUCAGAUACCAAAGAAUGAUGCCUUCAGAUGUUUCCAAUUCAUGGUGCGAUGAUUUCUUGAUAGACCAAGAUAUUAAAGGGGUACUCUGGGCUGAUAGCGAUGAUAUUUCAAUAGAGUAGAAUUCACCAAGCACAAUGCUGAAAAUUUCAUCAAAAUAUUAUGACCAAUAACAAAGCUAACAAAUUUUUUAGUUAAGCAAUAUUUUCUGAAAGCAGUUAUAUGCACAUUGUCAUGAAUAUUAUUUAGGUGGGCUGAUGAUGUCACAUCCCCACUUUCCUUUUUUCUUAUGUUAUAUGAAGUCAUAAUCAUAUCAGACUAUCGUACUUGUGUCUAUGAUACAUUGUACAUCUCCCUUAUAAUCAAAUAAGUUGCAGCAAUAAAUAUCUUAUGCAUUAAAUCAGUUGUCAAUUCAUUUUUUCUACUUCUUGGAUACAAAAUUUGAAUAAACAUAAUUUCAUGUAAGAAAAUAUAAAAGAAGUUGGGAUAUGACAUCAUCAGUUUGCUCAUUUAAUAUUCAUGAAGACGUGCAUAGAACUGUUCAACUGAAAUAAUGUUAAUCUUUAAAAUUUCAUUUCUUGUCUGAUUUAAAUUAAAUGUUUGGUGUUUUGUUUGUCUGACUAUCUCUUCUAAUCAUAUUAUUUUCAGCCUUGAGUACCCCUUUAAUGGUGUCUUAAUUGUGAAUGUAUGAUUAUCAAAUCACCAGCAAGUAUAAUUAUGUAAUGAUAGCCAAUACAUUUACAUACAUGCAUACUUUGUGUUAUUGUGUUACGUGCCCAUUGACUUUGUGCAAAGCAUGAAAUUUGAUUUUUAUGUUGUUUUAAUGAAAAAAUUUUGUGAACUUACACAAACUUGUAUGAGAUUGGGAAAUAAAUGCUCAAUUUAUGCUUUAUUUUUAUCAAACUAAUUAUCACAUGGUAUACCAGUGCAAUAAAACAUACAUGAUCAGCUGACACAGAGUUGAUAUACCAUGGAGGUACUAUUCUGUGUUAAUAGCUCCAUGGAUAUUCUGUACCUACCUGUAUUAAAUAUUAGUCGUCAUUAUAAUAUGCUGAUACCAAGGAUUGUAUUAAAAAAGUGACCAAAACAUA